AUGUCCAAAGAGACUGUUUCGAAUUUGGCCAUCUGGAUUGGCGGACGAACCACCUCCGAGUGCAAAGGAAAGUUUGCUUGGUGCGGCCUCAACGAAGUUCUGGAAGACCCUUUUCUGACGAAGAGAAUCUCCAACAUUAAAAUGGCAAACGCUGCCAGAGAAAUGUGUUUGAGCCUCCGAUUUUCGUCGCAGCAGCAACUCGCAUUCGAAGUUGCGCCCUGCGAUGCCAACCUGAGAUAUCUCUGCGAGUUAAAAUACCGAAAUGCUAUCAACUUUUGCUGCUCUCAAGAUAUGAAUUUGCUGAGCAUCGAGACUGUGUCGGAAUUCCAAUGUCUGCUUACUCUUCAAGAUGAUCCCACUGUGGCGGGCAAUCAUUUCUGGACCAGCGCCAGUAGCUACAAUUGUCACAGCAGCUACGUUUGGUGCGCCACCGAAAAUAAAGCGCCAUUUACGGAGAAGAUGUUUUGGCUGCCCGAAGAACUGACUUACAAUCAGGAACGAAAAUUCGCCUUGCUCUACUUGGCCAAAAGUUCCACUCUCAGUGCUAAGUCGAAUUUCUGGAUUGACACUUUUGACGGCGUCUUGGUUAAGAACAAAAAAUCUUUAUGCCCGAUCAGCACUUCGGGAGAUUUUAACGUGACCAACGGAAUAUGUUCCGAAAAGAACAUUUUCGUUUGCGAGUUUCCGCAGAGUUGUUACGUCGAAUGCGUGAAUUUGGCUGCUAUGCGGUUGAAAAUGGAAACAGAAAUCAGGGAGAAGAAUUUGAUUUGCAUCCAGAACGCUUGUCCUCUUUCUUCCUGCACCAGUACUGAGGUUACUGCAGCUCUUUUGGCUCAAAGACAAUUUCCGGCUUUAAACCCUCCACCAGAACCUGCUUGUAACACUUCCUUUUACGUGGGCAAAAGCAUUGGUGACCAGCAAACGGUGGAUUCUUUUUGUUGCUCAGGCCGAUUAUCUUUAGCCACAAUUCAAACGGAGGCCAAAUUAAAAUGCAUGCAGAACUUCUUAAACAGAAAGAAGAUUUUUGGAAGUAAACGAUUCUGGGUGAGCGGAAGAGCGACGAAAAACUGCGGAGGAAAGUACGCGUGGUGCGGAAUAAAUGAAAUGCUAGCAAAACCGGAAUGGAUCUCAAAAUCGAAAAUCAAUUCUGACGGUUGCCUUACAAUUUACAUGAACUCGAAUGGCGUGAUCUCCUUGGAACCAACGUAUUGCAAAGCUAAUCACCAAUACAUAUGCGAAGAAAAUUUUUCAGAAAAGGUAUUUUGGAAGGAGUCUAUCGGAGAUGAAGGCGCCGAUUGCGUUCCGAAAUGCGUUUCGUGCACUUCAACCAUUAAUUACAAUAUUCCUCCGAAUGUCAUCCAGACUCGCACCGUCUGCAAUAAGACCUACUAUUUUUUCUUUCAAAAAGUGAAUCUUGUCCAAGCAUCAAACAUUUGCUGCUCGAAAGAUUUAACUCUGCUCGGUCUUGAGACUAUGGAGGAAUUUAACUGCAUCCUAAACUUGCAGUUCGAUCCUAUUUUAAAAGGGAAUCAUUUUUGGACCAGCGCAAGUAAUUUCAAGUGCCCAAACAAGUACAUCUGGUGUGGGCAGGACACUUAUUUGGAGGAGUUGAGCAUGUGGCUGCCCAACGAGUUGUUUUACAACCAGGACGAGCCGAACGCGGUCCUCUACUUGUCCGCCACCACCCUGGCCAGCGGACUCCGGCGAGCCACUGCCCCCGAUUUCCAUUUUUUCAUAUGCGAGGAAAAUGAAACCACAGAUCAAGCAGAUAAUUCUACAGAAAAAACUUCUGAAACUACACAAGAAUUGUCAAGCACAACUAAACUUUAA